AUGGAUACGUAUUCAUUGAAGUCUGUUUCAGAUUUACCCGUGCCUUUUCUAACUUUUAGUUUCAGGUUUUUUAACUCGCUCCAGAGUGAAUGCUUUCCUAACUGUUUCCACUCCGAUAUAAAUAUGGUAAUUUCUGCGCCAACUGGAAGUGGUAAAACAGUACUCUUUGAGCUUUGCAUUUUGAGGCUUCUCUCUAAGUCCAUUUCUACAGAGGAGAGAUUUAUACAUGCAAAUGGAACUCUCAAAACAGUCUAUAUAGCCCCGUCUAAGGCUUUGGUACAGGAGAAGCUUCGGGAUUGGAAUCAAAAGUUUGGGCACUUGGGAAUCAAUUGCCUGGAGCUGACAGGUGACAAUGAAUCUUACAAUUUGAGGAACAUACAAGAAGCAGAUAUUAUUCUGACCACCCCUGAGAAAUUUGAUGCAGUAUCACGUAAUGGUAUAAAAGAUGGUGGCUUGAGCUUUUUCAGCGACAUCGCACUGCUACUCCUUGAUGAAGUUCAUUUGUUGAAUGAUCCACGAGGAGCUGCUCUGGAAGCAAUUGUUAGUAGAAUAAAAAUGGUUUCUUGCAAUCCUAAAUUGAAAUCAAAUCCUCUCGCCCAAGCUCGCUUUCUAGCUGUCUCUGCUACUAUUCCAAAUAUUGCGGAUCUUGCCGAGUGGCUUAUGGUUCCUGUCCAGGGGAUCAAAAGGUUUGGAGAAGAAAUGAGGCCUGUAAAGUUGACAACUAAAGUGUUUGGUAUGCUAUGCCCGGCCCAAAAUGACUUUCUAUUUGAGAAGCGCCUUCAAAACUAUAUUUUUGAUAUUCUCAUGCAAUACUCAAGAGGGAAAUCUGCACUUAUAUUUUGUUCAACAAGAAAAGGAGCACAAGAAGCAGCUCAGCGACUCUCUCAAAUAGCCAUGACUUUUGGUCACUCGAAUCCAUUCAUUAAGAACAAAGAACAGCAGGAUCGACUGAGGGAAGCUUCUCUAUCAUGCAGCGACAAGCAAAUUGCAAUCAUACAUCCAUUAUGGUGUUGGUUUCACAAUGGUGGGCUUUGCCUAAAGGAUCGGAAUCUUGUAGAAGGCCUUUUUCUCAAGGGUGAUAUUCAAGUACUUUGCACUACAAAUACACUUGCCCAUGGAAUCAAUCUCCCAGCACAUACAGUGGUUAUAAAAUCGACACAGCACUUCAACAAAGAAAAAGGUCUCUACAUGGAAUAUGACCGCUCUACAAUAUUGCAGAUGUGCGGCAGGGCAGGCCGACCACCAUUUGAUGAUACAGGCAUGGUUAUAAUCAUGACAAGAAGAGAAACGGUCCACCUGUACGAAAAUCUCUUGAGUGGUUGUGUGGUGGAAUCACAAUUGUUCUCAUGUGUGACGGAGCAUUUGACUGCGGAAAUUGUCCAACUGACGGUAUCUGAUAUCACAAAAGUAAUUGACUGGAUGAAAUGUUCCUAUUUGUAUGUGAGAAUGAGAAGGAACCCAAAAAAAUAUGCUGUUAAAAAUGGAAUUUCUGGCGAUCGUUUGGAGAAGCAUGUACAAGAGCCUGGAAGGCUGAUGACAAAGUAUUAUUUGAGAUUUAACACUAUGAAACAGAUAAUGCGAACCCCUGAAAACUGCACUUUAGAAGAUGCCCUUCGUGUUAUUUGUCUUGCUGAGGAAAUCUCUUGGAUACAACUUCGACGCAAUGAGAAGAAGAUCUUGAAUGAGAUCAAUGCUGACAAAGAUGGCCGGCUUCGGUUUCACAUCCUUGGAGACAAGGGAAAGAAAAAGCGCAUUCAAACAAGAGAAGAAAAAAUUAUAUUUUGGCAAAAUGACUGCUUAACAGGCGAUCCCACUGUUCAUGAUCUAUCCCUAAUUCAGGACACGAAUUCUUUAUGCUCAAAUGGAUGUAGAAUUGCUAAAUGCAUGAAAGAUUAUUUUAUUUACAAAAAGAAUUACAAAGGAGCUGUGAAUUCUUCCCUUCUAGCCAAAUCACUUGACCAGAGACUCUGGGAUGACAGUCCAUACUUGUUGAAACAAUUACCUGGAAUUGGCAUGGUUACCGCGAAGGCAUUGCAUUCAAUGGGCAUUAAAUCAUUUGAGGCACUAGCUGAAGCUGAUCCCAGGAGAAUAGAGAUAGUAACUGGUCGAAAAUACCCAUUUGGGAACCAUAUCAAGGAUUCUCUUUUAUCGCUACCUCCAAAAAUUGAUAUGAAGCUUGAGGAAACCGAGAGGCAGAAGCAAGGAAAGUCCAAACUAGUGGUUACACUGACUAGGAAGUCAGAGUCAAUCCAAUCAGUGAAAAGGCAUUAUGCUGAUAUGAUCAUUGGUGUUGAGGAAGACAACAGCAUUCUCUUUCAUGAAAAAAUAAGGGUGGAUCAAUUCACCAGCCCUUAUAGUGCGACAAUACUUGUCCCAAUCUCACGUGGGAAGCAGAUCAUCAAAGCUGAUUUUAUAUAUGAAGAGUAUAUUGGUAUUGAUGUCCACCAAAAUCUUUCCUUGAUCCAAGAGAGAAAAUCAAAUGUGCAAUUACAAAGAAAUAGAAAGCUCCCUGCUUUUCCCUCGCCCGAAGGGAUACAUGUUAUUGAAGAUGGCAACAUAAUCGCACCUCAAAAGCCAACGGAAGAGCUAUCCAAUUUGAAGUCUAAGGAUGAAACAGAUUCCAUUCCGAAUUUUAACCUCCUAGAUGAAGAGUUGGGAGAAGAAGGUGGGUGUGCGCCUGAGGAGGAUGAGGAUGAUGAAUGCAAAAUCAUCAAUGAGAAGACAGUAUUUGACCACAUACGCGAGAAAGCCAAAAACUUCUCUCUCCUGUCUGCAUAUGAUAAUAUUCGCCUCGCAUCACCAAAGGUCGACCUUCUUCUGACAAGAAAGCGCGCCCGAGAGAAGAGACCUGGAGUCCAUCAUGAAGUAAUUGUUUUGGAUGAUGAGACAGAAAGACUCAACAUAUCACCACAAGCCGAGUUUACUUUUCCUGCGGGGCUCAGAAAGGCAGAAGAUAACACAGUUGGAAGCUCAAUCGACACAGGCGUUGUCCUCACUGAACCUGAAGCAAGAACAUACGAAACGUCAACUGGCCAAACAAUUUUCGACCAUAUACGAAGAAAAUCCGAGGAUUUCCCACUGAUUAGUAAUUUGGAUUGCAAGGAGUCAAUUUUCCAGAGAAAGGAAUUAGUCUCACACAACCAUUCUGAUUCCCUCAAUGCCGCUUCCGAAAUGGAAAUGGAGAGUAAUGUCUCGAACAUUGUCGGAGAGAACAUACUCACUUCAUAUACGGAAUCGGUUGAUCAUAACAAAUUUGAAGGUUGCAGUGGCGAAGACAGAGUAAGUACAGUGUUAAAGGACAACAAGCGAGCGCCAGAUGCAAGCAGCUUUGCACAUAGCAGUAGGAAGAAGCAUUGCACUUGUAUAGAAUCGGAAGCAGAGAAGUCGAGCUUAAGUGAAGCAAGAAGACAGUGCGGUUUUUUGGAGACCGCAGGCAAAAUGAAGGAAGUAGGUUCAAGUCCUGUGUUCAAGAGCGUAUUUUCCUUUCUCUGACUUUUUAAAAAAAAAAAAAAUUGGGGGUUCAUGGAUUUUAGUUCAGAAUGCCUCAUUCUUGGGUUGCCGGAUCGCACUAGCUUCUUACUAUAAACGGUGUAUUUCAUUAUGCUGUCCUACACCGGUUAUGGGAUCAGCUGGUAACAGCAAGACUGGUUAUAGUCGACUGCUCGACAUGGAGAAUAUGACUCGCGAGUAAAUUUCGGUGAGAAUUUGUACCGUGAACUAUAUGAUGAUUUGCCAGCCCAAAUGCUAUAACGCAAAUAGUUUUUGAAGGAUUACCUUCAUGGCUUCA